AUUAAAAAGAGAUGAAAUAGAUGAAUAACUGCGCCACAGUAAUCUUAAUCUCUCGCGUUAUUCAACAUUUGUAUAUUAUAUAUUAUAUAAUAACUAUAACUUUUUUAAUAAAUGUCUUCUGGUCCACUUGUACAAUUCGUAGCUUACUCCUCAGCUGUUGAAGCCAUAUUCUGGCACACUUUAUCAACGCGAAAAAUUGAUUUGUAUAAAUUAGAUGAUACUUCACAUGAUAUUUUGGGACAUUACUUUACUGGUCAUACUAUAACUUCACAACAUGCCACUGAAGCAAAUAUUUCCAUGCCAGCUCGUUUGUGCCUUGGAAUUGAUGCUUUCGAUGACACCAAUUCCGCUUCUUUCUCACGCUUACCACCUUUCGCCUAUCCUUCAAUUGGAAAAAUAAAAAAUACUAAUACAAUUGAAGAUUUUAAAGCUCUUGACAAAGCUGCUUUAUUUAAAGAGAUCACAGAACAAAUUUGGCAGGAUAUUAAAUCUGGAGAAGCGGUAAAAAAUCCGUAUCUCCUUACCCGAUUCCUUCUUGUGACCUUUGCAGAUUUGAAAAAAUAUAAAUAUCAUUACUGGUUUGGUUUUCCUGCAUUAAUAACCGAACCACCAUGGCAUGUUUCCGAAAAUGGCGAAAUAAAAAGCAUUAGGGAUUUAUGGAUAUCUAGCGAUAUUGAAAGCUUCAGAGAAAAUUAUGAUCUUUUUAGACAAAAACAGUCUUGUGCAAAUGCUGGAUUUUUCCUCGUCAAACGAUCCAAUAGUAAAGAAAUGAUAAUCGGUAGCCUAUCUGAAUUUGACACAUUCUUUGAAGGCUGUGGUAGUGAUGAGAUUGUUGGAUUUGCUGAUCCUUCAAGCUUGCCUACAAAUCCCGGAUGGCCAUUGCGUAAUCUUUUAGUACUUUUGCAACGUCGUUGGAAUAUACAUAAGAUUAAAAUAUUAUGUUACAGAGAGGUUCCAGGCAAAAAGGAUGUAUCACAAACUUGUAUAUUGACAGUUGAAAUACCUGAAACUGACACAAUCUCUGAUGAGUGUCCAAAAGGUUUAGGAUGGGAAAAAAAUUCUCAAGGUAAACUUGCUCCUCGUUCUGUUGACCUAGCACAUCUUAUGGAUCCAGUAAGGUUGGCCGACACGUCAGUUGACCUAAACUUAAAAUUAAUGCGAUGGAGGAUUGUACCAAAUCUACAACUGGAAAAAAUUAGAGAAACAAAAUGUUUAUUACUCGGUGCCGGAACUUUGGGUUGUUAUGUGGCAAGAUGUCUUUUGGGAUGGGGUGUUCGUCAUAUAACAUUCGUUGAUAAUGCACGUAUCUCAUUUUCCAACCCUGUUCGACAACCAUUAUUCUUCUUUGAAGAUAGUCUCGAGGGAGGCAAGUUUAAAGCACAGACCGCUGCUGAAAAUUUAAAAAAAAUUUAUCCUGGCUCAAUAACUGAAGGGCAUCAUAUAAAUAUUCCUAUGCCAGGACAUCCAGUUAUUUCAGAAUCACAAGUUCGUAGUGAUAUUGAAAAGAUAACACAACUAAUUGAUUCACACGAUGUUAUUUUUCUAUUAAUGGAUAGCAGGGAAAGUCGAUGGUUACCUACUUUGUUGGGGGCAAGCAUGCGAAAGCUUGUCAUAAAUGCAGCAUUGGGUUUUGAUACUUACGUAGUAAUGAGGCAUGGCGUCAAAGAUCUUGAUUUCACUUCGAAAUCAACAGGAGUUUCUAGCAGCAAAAUGCCAGAAAUUAAGCAACUGGGAUGCUAUUUUUGUAACGAUAUUGUGGCACCGACUGAUUCUCUUAAGGAUCGUACACUUGACCAGCAAUGCACGGUGACGCGGCCGGGAUUAUCUGCAAUUGCUAGUGCAUAUGCCGUUGAACUAAUGGUUUCUGUUUUACAUCAUGAAAAAGGACCAGCGGCACCAGCAGAUACUAUUAAUGAUCUUUCUGGUUCAACAGAUACUAGCACCUCAACUCCUUUAGGUAUUAUACCACAUCAAAUACGUGGAUUUUUAACCAAUUUUAAUAAUAUGUUAAUAGUUGGGCAAGCCUACGAUAAGUGUACAGCUUGUUCUGAUAAAAUAUCAGAAGAAUAUAAAACAAAUGGAUUUGAAUUUCUUAAACGUGUUUUUGAUUCACCCACAUAUCUUGAAGAAUUAACAGGAUUAGCUAAAUUACAUCAAGAAAGUGAAGCUGCUGGUGAUUUUGUUUGGGAUGAAGAAGAUAAUGAAUUGUGAAGAUUAUUUGAUCAUAAAGAGAUUAUUGACGUUUUCAAAAUGUCUUGGCUUUUCAUAUUAACUAUAAUUAUUUUUUUUUAAUAUUAAUGUAUUUUCAUAUCUUUGCCACAUUGCGAAUAAACCCUUUUGGCUACGUUAUUUUUUAUGUCGCGUAUUCGUUUAGCUUUUAA